UUAUUUGGGAAUUGGGAAUGGGAUUUGUGAGAAAGAUGUUCGAUUCGAAAUGAAGGUUGUAAUUGUAAUAUUUUUUUAGUGAGAAUUCAAAUUCUUCAAAAACUUCUACCCUAUUUCGUAUUUGCUAAUCAUUACAGUGAAGAAUAAGUUAAAAACGCAAUUAUGGAUGUGCAAUUUGCGCCAAACUCUAUUGAUGAGCCGAGCUUGCUUUUCAAACUUCAACGAAAAAUCAAAGUAUUCAACACGAACCAACAAUUACCGAACCGUGGUUACAACUUGAUAGCUUCUACAUCCAAAUACGGUUUGGUUUUUGUAGCGACACCAAUUCAGACAUUAUCAGUAUAUUACCUCAAAGAGUUGAUUGAUAAGGAUACUGAGCCUCAAUUUCUGUCUGUUAAGCUGCCAGUGUCUCCUACACACAUUGCAGUCAAUUGCAAUGAAGAAUGGUUGGCCGUUGUUGGUGGGCAAAUGGUCCUUGUCUAUAAAUGCCUGGAUUUCCAAAAUACUGAUAUUAGACCAUCUGUGUCUAUCAAAUGUGACGUGAGCCCUACAACUUUUGUAUCAGCACUGCAGUGGAAUCCAUGCAUACCAGAUACUAUUGGCAUUGUAUUUUUUGAUGGAACUUUGAUUGUUAGCCAAGUUAGCACAAUGCAAAUGAAGAAAAUACAAUCAAAUGCAAGAUGCAUAUGUUGGAGUCCAAAAGGCAAACAACUUGUGACGGGUAACAACGACGGUACUCUCAGCCAAUACAAGCCUGAUCUCUCUCCAAUGAAAAUGAUCCCUGCACCGAAUCUGUUUGAAGGUGCACCGGUUGAAGUGUUAGCUAUACACUGGAUUGCAACAUACCAAUUUGCUGUGACUUAUAAAAAUGCAUCAGAUAAUAAUCGACCAGCUGUAACAAUUGUAAAUACACCCAAAGGAGGUCAACUUACUUGCCUUAAUUUUGAGGACAUUUGUUAUAGUAUGGGAUCAACGAGACCUUGGUACUAUUAUCUGCAAGGGAUUUCCCAAUGGAACCUGAUAUUGUCUUCGUCAUCAAACAGUAUGGAAAUAGCAACUCUUGCUUCCCCCGACAGUACAAACUGGGUGCAGUGGUGUCAAUCUGAUGAAGCAAGGCCCGAAUUACCAUUGACAGAUAAAAAGCUAGAGAACUACCCUGUUGGUAUUUGUAUUGACUCUGCUGCCAUACACCAGUUACCUUGGGGUGAGAACGAGAUGCUACCGCCGAUGCCUCUUCUACACGUGGUAUCACAGACCGGACUGUUGUCAAUCUUCAACAUAGUCAACCUGAACAAGUCGGCGUCGCAAAUAUGCGUGCCAGUGCAACAUAUGGCACUACCGGCCGCUGCUUUGACGAGAACAACACCUGAAGAUGUGCCAUCACAACCUGAAGCACCACCAACUGUGCCCUUUCCUCAACCCAAGCCGCAACCACCGCCAAUGUACCAGCAACCGCCAGCGCAACCUGUGCCGGUCCCGCAACCUACACCGGUUCCGCAACCUACGCUAGUGCCGCAACCUACACAGGCCCAGCAACCUAUACCUGUAGUACCAAAACCGGUGCAACAACCACUGACUAAUAUUGCACCUCCUGCAGCCACAAGUUUAUCAUUUGGAGUAAAAAAGGAGCCAGCAUCGCCUGCAGUUGAGACAACUAGUGCUCCGUUUCAGUCAAAACCAGCAGCUCAAGCGACUAACGCUCAAGCAGCUUCAGCUGAAGCGGCUGCAGCUCUGUUGGAACAAGAAAGAAUCAACAAAGCGAAGAUGAAUCAAAAAUUAAGAAACAUGCUCAUCAAAGAAGUGAACGAUUUCAACAUGGAAAUGUAUACAUUCAUGAAACUGACACAUGAGAAACAAAUCAAGUUUGAACAAGACAUACAAUCGGCCAACUUCAACAUAGACUUGGACACGGACAGCGCGCGCCUGAGGAAGGAGUGCGGUAUCGACAAGCUGCGUGACGUCAUCGUGCACUUGAAGCUGGAGAUGGUGCGCGCGUGCGCCGUCAUCGCUGAAGCUAGGACGCAGGCUGAGGCAAAGGAUCUCCAAGAAUGGACGCAGGCCGACCCUCUGACCACCAAGCGCAUUGCGUCGGUGAAGAAACUCGCCUACUACGUGCAAACGCAACUCGACCACGCCCGCAAGGCGCUCGACCACAAGUGGAACGAGAUGAGUGCCAGAGAGGAAUACGGCAAGCCCGGUGAUAGAAUGAUCCGACCAAUAUUGGACGAUGUGUACCAACCGUUGGUGAAGCAACAAGAGAUACUCAGCAGACAGAUGGCGGUGCUCAAAACUUUGAGGAACACCAUGAACGAAUGCAACUUCGCGCCAACUUUCAAAUCCACAUCGCUUUUGAGGAGUACACCGUUCAAAAAUAAGGAUCAAUUAACAAAACUCACAAAAAAUAUUCUAAACAUGAGCAUAGAGUCGCAGAACAAAUCAAAAGACAAUCUCCUGAGCUCACAAAAACUGGACGCCCUGCGCGAUGUACUCUCAAACCACAAACCGAUUAAAGUAAAACCAAUGGACGCUGAGCUGCAACAACACUUGGAGUACAUGAAACAGAGAUACGAUAGGAGUUCUAAAGAGAGAGAAAUGAGAGACAUUAAACAGGAAAUUUCACAACCCGAAAUCCAAAAACCUGUACCGUUCUCGGCGAUGUCAAAGCAACCACAACCACAAAUACAAACGCAACCGCAAAUGCCUGUGCAACCACAACCUCAAAAGUUCGAGCAACCAAUGCCUGCGCUUACAUCACAGGAAGCUCCACAUCUGAAAAGUGAACUGACAAAGGAUUCCAAUAUAUUCAUGGGUCUUAAAUUCGGACCUCCAGCUUCAUUUGCUUAUGCGCAACCUUCAUUCACCGCCUCUGUACCCAAACCCGAUAUCGUAAAGGAGUCGCCCAUCAACAUUCCUACCUACAACCCUCCUAAUAACUCGAAGCCUCCACCCAGUGUAGCAAGAACCUUGUUCACUGACGAAAAAGAAGAAGAUAUACCACCAGGACCUCAAGAAUCACAACAUCCGUCUAACGACCAGUCACAGCCACAGCCAAACAUUAACGCAUACACUAAAAGUAUAAUCAGAAAGUUAAUACUGAAAGAUUCGUCCAAUAAAAACAUACCUCAGUCUGGUGAGCCAAAGAACGACGCUAACACGUUCAUGGGACAAAAUGUCUGUUCGCCGACUGCGUUUGCCUUUUCAAAGCCCAAUCCUACACAAACAACCUUUGGCACAAAACCUGCCCCAGCUUUUCCAACCACCAAUAAAUCCCAACCUACCCCUGAACCACCCACUGCGAACCCAAAGUCCGACGAAACCGGUGAACCAGAAGCGGGCACCGUACCGGGUAAAGACGAGAACAAACCACGGGAAGAGAAACCCAUAACGAAUAUGUUCACCUUGAAGAAGAACACACAAUUCAAUACUAAAAACCAAAACGUUCCAGACGUUUUGAAAAGUGGUCAAAGUUUUUUUGGAAAAUCUGAUAAAAGCACUCCUGAAGGUAACGAGAAAUCUAAAAGUGAUUUCGCUAAGCCAACUAAUCAAGAAAAACAACCCGUAGACAAAAAAGAAAGUGAAACGAAACCUGCUCCACAGAUGACAAACAAACCACCAGCGCAAUCUGUUAUUUAUGUAGAUCUGAAGAAACCUGCAGCUGAAGCUAAGAUGGAGAAGGUUCCGUCAUCAUUAUUUGAUGUCUCUGCAGCGGCUCCCCCACCCGGACCAAAGCCCCAACCUGAAACUACGACACCACAGCAAUCAACACCAACUGAAACACCAAAACAAUCAGCAGACCAAGAAAGCUCAACAAAAUCACAACCAACAGCACCACCAACCGAAGAAGUUACAAUAACAUCAACUGUCUAUAUCAAAACUCCAACAACAUUGCCUUCUGGAACAACUAGUGAAACACCAAUUGAAACACCAACUUCAGACCCAUCAACACCUACUUCAGAACCUUCAAAAGCUGCAGAAUCUGAAACUAUGACAGAACCAAACGAACCAGCAGAUUUGACCACAAAAGUACCAGAAAGUACAACAGAUGCACCAAAUACGUCUGCAGCGUUCAGUCCAUCUGGAUCUAUAUUUACUCCUACUACUACCGCAGCGUUUAGUGCUGAAGAGACAAAGCCUUUAUUCAGUACACCUGCACCAAAUACAGUAUUCGGUUCAGCUCAACCUUCUGCCUUCGCGUCUAGUGCAUCAUCAAUCUUCGCUUCAGCGACAGCUUCAGCAUUUGGUACACAAACCACGAAGGCUUCAAUGUUCAGUCCGAGUACUACAUCCCAGAGCAUAUUUGGCACGUCACCAACAACGUCCGCGUCCGUAUUUGGCACUUCAGCGCAGAGUAUAUUCAGUGCGGCGUCCUCGUCUAUAUUCGGUGGCACGCCGACGACUACUCAGAAUAUAUUUGGAACGUCCACAACACAAUCCGUUUUUGGUGGUGGUCAGUCCGUAUUUGGAUCAACUGGGAGUCCUAGUCAAGUUUUCGGCGCGCCAUCGACUCAGACGUCCAUAUUUGGAACGCCAACACCUACUACCCAAACGUCUGUGUUUGGGACUCCGACGCAAACAACUCAGGCCUCAGUGUUUGGUACCCCGCCCACGACGCAAGCGUCCGUGUUCGGCUCGCCCACAACGACGCAGAGUUCUAUCUUCGGUGAGGCCAACUUGUUCGCCUCGGCCACCAUAUCUACCACCAGCGCACAAACGCCAGCGAGUGGAAAUAUCUUUGGCGGAGGCUCAUCGGGCUCGGCGUUUGGUAGCACCAGUAUAUUCAGCGGCUCCAAUCCAACCGCGACCAACAUAUUCGGAGGGGGCAGUUUCGCUCCGAAACCGGCCACCGACUUCUGGAGUGGAGGGGGUAAUACUGGCGGAUUUGGGAGUACUGCUUUUGGUCAAACAGCAACGACGCAAUCGUCGUCCAUUUUCGGCAGCUCUGGUGGAAGUUUCAGUACUCCGACCCCUGGACAGCCGUUCGGCAGUCCACAGGGACCUUUUAGUGGUGGUGACCCGAAGCCUUCUGUGUUUGGAACUCCUCAACAGCAGUCAGCUUCUGGAUUCGGUGGAAGUGCUGUGUUUGGAUCUAAACCUGUCUUCGGGGGAUCGCCCACAUACGGCUCUUCAGCAAUGGGCGGCUUCAACAAGAGCCCCAGUAGUGGGUUCGGUGCUCCGGCCGCGUUUGGUGGCAACGCCUUCGGAGCCUCCGCCUUUGGCAACGCAUCUCCCAACCAAGCCUUUGGUGCAGCUGCACCAGGGUUCGGUUCCCCGACGCAGUCGAACGCGACGUUCGAGACUCUCGCCACACAGAACACGCUCACCUUCGGCAACCUCGCGCAGCAGUCCGGACAAGCGCCACAAGCCGCGCCCACUUUCAAUACGUCACCUUCAUUUACUGGAUGGAGAGGCUGAUUUUGCAAAGAACACAUUUCUACGAAAUAAUCAUCUGUGUAUCAUAUUAUAUGUAUCAAUCAAGUUAUUUUUUAUUAAGUGAAUAUAUUAAACUACUAAGAAAUUACUUUAAUUUUUCAGUUUAAAUUAAAUAGAUUUUAAUAUGAA